UCUUAGACAAAGUAAGGUUGGAAAUACAGAACUACUAGGAAUCUUCUGGAUCAUCACUCAGAGCUUUAAAAAUGGUGCCCUGCUUUGGAAAGCUCACUGUCUCAUGGAUCCACUUGGCCUUUCUUUGCACAGUGCUGUGCAUGUGGACCAGUGUUGAGGGCUGGUCUUACAGUUACUCCAGUGAACCUAUGACCUGGGAACAAGCUCGAGCCUUCUGCAAGGAGAACUACACAGACAUGGUGGCAAUCCAGAAUCGGGAUGAGAUUGAGUACCUGAACGCCUGGCUGCCCAGACAAGACAAAUACUACUGGAUUGGCAUCCGCAAGAUUAAUGAUGUAUGGACCUGGGUAGGAACCCGCAAGGCUCUGACAGACGAAGCAAAAAACUGGGCAAAAGGCGAACCAAACAAUGGGAAGAAGCGAUCUUCCAGAGGGAAGAAUGAGGACUGUGUGGAGAUGUACAUUAAAAGGGCUACUGACCCUGGAAAGUGGAAUGAUGAGAAGUGCUCUAACCUGAAGACAGCUCUGUGCUACACAGCUGCUUGUAAGAAUGAUUCAUGCCUCCACGGAGAGUGUGUGGAAACCAUCAACAGCCACAAGUGUGACUGUCUUCAAGGUUUUUAUGGAGAAAAAUGUGAGCACGCCAUCAAGUGUAACCAAGAUGAGGUGAUUGCCCCGCACAAAGGAAGUGUAAGCUGCACUCACAAAUAUGGAGAUUUCACCUAUGAGUCCUCAUGCUCUUACUUCUGUGAGGAUGGAUACCAGCUGAGCAUGCAAAGACCUCUGACUUGUACUGCCUCUGAGAUGUGGUCCGAGGAGCCUCCUACAUGUGAACUGGUUAAGUGUCCAGAGCUGUCAAGUCCUGCGAGAGGAUCUGUGAAAUGCUCUGAUCCUCUGGGCCCCUCCAGUUACCAGUCCACCUGUGUCUUUACCUGCGAUGAAGGCUACGUUCUAGAUGAUUCCACAUCAGGCACGCUGCAGUGUGAAGCAUCAGGAAGAUGGAGCGCCUCUCACCCGUCCUGCAUCGCCGUCCAGUGUCCUGACCUCCAGAACCCAGAGAAUGGCCUUUUAGACUGCAGUGAUGAUACCGACACGAGGUUCAGCUACGGAAACAGCUGCAGCUUCAGCUGUGCUCCUGGCUACCGUUUAGUGGGACCAAGCUCAGUAACAUGCACAUCCGCCGCUCAGUGGAGUGAACACAUGCCUCACUGUGAAGCCAUCACUUGCCCGAGUCCAGAGGGAGAAGCUCACCUCGUCACCAAGUGCAGCAAACCUCUGAAUAAACUGGAGCCAAACUCCACCUGCAGCUUCAGCUGUGAACUGGGCUUUGAGCUUCAGGGAACACAUACAGCAAAGUGUUUAGAGGAUGGACGGUGGAGGGAAUCCAUACCUACCUGCAAAGUGAUGGGUUGUCCAUCUCUAGAGAGUCCAAGUAACGGCCAGAUGAGGUGCAGCGUUUCUGAGUCUUCCCCUGUUUCUCCUGGGAGAGCCAGUCCACUUGGAGUAAUCUGCGCUUUUAGCUGCGAUGAAGGCUACAAGCUCCAAGGUGCACCCGACAUAAAGUGUACUCAUUCAGGCCGAUGGACCUCUAAUGCACCAAGCUGCACAGCUGUGAGAUGUCCACUGAUCAAAGCUCCUGAAAAUGGUUAUAAGAACUGCUCCAACAACGAGUCAGUUUACAACUCGCAGUGCUACUUUGGGUGCCAUAAAGAUUACCUACUAGAUGGACAUGAGCUACUGAUUUGCGAUCAUCAUGGAAACUGGACUGGAAAGACACCUUCCUGUCAAGCUCCAAAGCCAGUUGCUGCAAUUGCAGCUGGGGUGACAACAGGGGGCGCUGCCCUGCUGUCUGGGCUGUCGUUGACUCUGUGGAUCCUGAAACGACUGAGGCAGAAAGCAAACAAAUUUGAACUGAACAGCAACUCUGAAAUUGAUCCUCCUCCGCAGAGCUACAGAAACAGCAUUGACAGCCUCAUAUACUGCGUCAUCAGCAAAGCACAAAAGGUCAAAUCCAACAAUGCAUCAAACCAGUUCUGGAAAACAGUUUUGAAUUUGACGAUGAAGUGGACUCUCACUCUCAUCCUUGGUAGCUUUUUGGUUGAAACUGCGCUGGGCUGGACGUAUCACUUUUCAGACAGGACCAUGAAUUGGACCGUAGCCAGACAGUGGUGCCAGGCCAACUUCAAAGACAUGGUUGUGAUCCAAAACCAGAGAGAAAAUGACUAUGUGGUCUCACUGCUGCCAAACAGAACAAAGAGCCCAUAUUACUGGAUUGGAAUCACAAAAAACCACAAGAAUGAAACUUGGACUUGGAUUGGGAAUAACAGCACAUGGAUUGGUGAGCAUUCAUGGGCACCGAAUGAACCAAAUAACAACCACAGCACAGAGUUUUGUGUGGAAAUCUACGUCAAUUAUAAAUCAAACAGAGGACAGUGGAAUGAUGAGAAAUGUGGCAAUAAAAAAUAUGCAGUCUGCUACAAAGCCCAGUGUCACGCAGCAUCGUGUGAAAGAGGACGAUGUCAGGAGACCAUCAAAAACACAACCUGCCUCUGCGAGCCUGGGUUUAGUGGGGACAGGUGCCAAAAUGCCGUGGAGUGCCCCCCUCUGUCUCGGCCCGACAAUGGACACCUCAGCUGCUCGGACAAAUUGCAGAUCUUCAACACAACCUGCCAGUUUACCUGUGAGCCAGGCUUUCUCAUCACUGGCUCUUCAACUGUUACCUGUGGGAGCAGUGGUGGCUGGAGCGGCCCAAUGCCCUCAUGCAAAAGCUAUAAAAAGGCUCUGUUUGCUGUACUCGGAUGUGGAGCCAUCUCAGCCCUCUGCUGCAUCUGUUUUUGCUGGAUGAAACGCAGAAAAAGAAAGAAACUUGCUCAAGUAAGGCAGCUUGAGGAAUCAACAAGACCAUCCAGUGAUGUCUAUGCAUGAGAUACAACAUUACCCAAUUUAUCUAUUUCUAAAAUACACUGUAUCUAUAUAUA